CCCGGUUGGUGUGUAACCCGAGCCAAGGGUAGCGACAGCUGGAGGAGCGAGACGAGGGGCAGCGGGAGAAGGGAGACGACGAGCCACUCGGAAAUAACCUCUCGCUUUCUCUUUCUUUGAAUUUGUACUUCACUCAAAUCUGGAACUGUGCGUAAAGAGCAAUGAACUUUGCGAUGGCAAGGUACUCCUUUUGGACGUGUUUGAUUGCAACUGCAGGCCUACUCUGGGGUGUGACAAUACCAGUGAGUUGUAAUGAGGAGUCUAAGCUGAUUGGGGACCUGUUCAGAGGCUACAACAAGAACAUCCGUCCAGCGGCGCACCCCACUGACAAGGUGGAGGUGCAGGUCAAGCUGAUCCUCACCAACCUCAUCUCCCUGAACGAAAAGGAAGAGACUCUCACGACUAAUGUCUGGAUUGAGAUCCAAUGGAAUGAUAUUCGCCUGGCCUGGAACACCUCUGAGUAUUUUGGCAUCGAGGUUAUCCGUGUGCCUUACAACACAGUGUGGCUUCCUGACAUUGUCCUUGAGAACAACAUUGAUGGCAAGUUUGACGUGGCCUACUAUGCCAAUGUGUUAAUCUACUCCAGUGGCUACAUGUACUGGCUGCCUCCAGCUAUCUACCGCAGCACAUGUGCCAUAGAAAUCACCUACUUCCCCUUUGACUACCAGAACUGCACUUUAGUCUUUAGGUCCCAGACAUACAGUGCAAAUGAGUUGGAAAUCAUGCUGGCUGUUGACACGGAGACUGAACAGCCCAUUGAGUGGGUGGACAUUGAUCCUGAGGCCUUCACUGAGAAUGGUGAGUGGGCCAUAAAGCACCGGCCAGCCAGGAAGCUGAUCAACUCACGCUACACUCCUGAUGACCUGGAGUACCAGGAGAUCUCCUUCAACCUGGUCAUCCAGAGGAAACCUCUGUUCUACAUCAUCAACAUCAUUCUGCCCUGCUCACUUAUCUCCUCCUUGGUCGUCCUGGCCUACUUCCUACCUGCACAGGCUGGGGGACAGAAGUUGACUGUGUCCAUCUCUGUCCUGCUGGCUCAGACUGUCUUCCUCUUUCUUAUUGCUCAGAAGGUCCCUGAGACAUCUCUCAAUGUCCCUCUCAUUGGCAAGUACUUGAUCUUUGUCAUGUCUGUGACAACGCUCAUCGCCACCAACCAAAUCGUGGUGCUCAACAUCUCCCUCCGCAGUCCCAACACCCACACCAUGUCUCACACUAUCAAACACCUCUUCCUGGAGCUUGUCCCUCGAUUUCUGGGUAUGGACCCUCUGGUGGAUGAUGGCGAGGCGGAGGCGGAGGUGAAUGGAGUGAGGGAGCGACGGCGUAGCUCGUUCGGCCUGAUGCAGAGAGCGGAGGAGUAUGUGCUAAAACAGCCACGCAGCGAGAUGAUGUUUGACAAACAGAGAGAGAGGCAUGGCCUCACACGAUCUGUUGUGGAUGGGAUUGAUGUGAGCACCACAGCCAGCCUGUACAAGAGCCUCGCCCAAGCUGCUCCUGAAAUCAAGGAAUGUGUGGAUGCUUGUAACUUUAUCACUGAGAGCACAAAGCAAGCAAAUGACAUUGGAUCAGAAAUGGAGAGCUGGGUAUUGAUUGGGAAGAUGAUUGACAAGGUUUGUUUCUGGGUGGCCAUGGCUCUCUUCUCCAUCGGAACGGUCGCCAUCUUCCUCACGGGACAUUUCAACUCUGUCCCAGAUUUUCCAUUCCCUGGGGAAAACAAACGAUACCUCCCCAGUUAGGGCGGCAAGGCAACCCCCCCUUAACCUGGUCACAGGUUAUAGGACACAUCAUCAUCGUCUUCAUAUCAUUGAGAGCUAAGAUUUAUUCACUUCUUACUCUUACUUACUUAUUUGUCUUUUUAGCAGUAGAUGACUGAAAAUGGUAUCGUCUUGAUAUGAUGUAAUCCUUUUUGAUAAAUAUUUCAUACUGUGUUUUGAGUUUUAGCUUAACCAUUUCUUGUUAUGUGUGAUUUACAUGUGUGCAUUUUAUUUUUUAUAAGGCCUGUGACAUGAAAAUGCCAAAAACCUCGAACAGUUAGUGGCAAAGCAGUUGUGAAAUUAAUUCAACAAGUCUGCUGUGGGCUUUUGUGGGAUUUGUUAUGUUAGAACAAAAUGAAAAAGUUAGAUCUCUGUUUUAGCCUUCAACCUUAUUCAGACCUUAGUCUUUACACAACACAUUAGGAGGACGCUGCAGAUCACCUAUACCCUGCGGAAUUCUUGUCUUUCUUGUAUCUCACUGUAUGGUGCACUCAGCACACAAAACACAUGCUCUUUCCAUGACAUAGACUGACCAGGUGAAUCCAGGUGAAAGCUAUGAUCCCUUAUUGAUGCCACUUGUUAAUCCACUUCAAUCAGUGUAGAUGAAGGGGAGGAGACAGGUUAAAGAAGUAUUUUUAAGCCUUGAGACAGUUGAGACACGGAUUGUGUAUGUGUACCAUUCAGAAGGUGAAUUUAAAAAUAAUUUAAGUGACUUAUGGUAUGGUAAUAGGAGUAUGGUAAUAGGAGUAUGGUAAUAGGUGUCAGGCACAUUGGUUUGUGUCAAGAACUGCAACAGUGCUGGGUUUUAAAUGCUCAACGGUUUCCCAUGUGUAUCAAGAAAUCAAGAAUGGUUCACCACCCAAAGGACAUCCAGACAACUUGACAGAACUGUGGCAACCAUUGGAGUCAACAUGGGCCAGGAUCCCUGUGGAACGCUUUUAACAUCUUGUAGAGUCCAUGCCCCGAUGAAUUGAUGCGGUUCUGAGUGCAAAAAGGGGGGUGUUCAACUCAAUAUUAGGAAAGUGUGCCUAAUGUUUGGUAUACUCAGUGUAUAUGUGACACAGGUCUUUACUGAUGGAUACAAUGCAAUGUAAGAAGACCAUAUACUGUAAGAAUAUUUGAUUUAACUAGUUACUUUAAUAUACACACAGUACAUUUACAUGGUUAAGUGAAUUGUUCUGUUUAAUAUCUAAGAAUGACACAAUGACACAGAGACUUAAUUAAAAGUUAGAAACAGAG